AUGUUGAUUAAUUUUUCUUUCUCUUGUCCUCUUGUCCUCGCAGUUUAUGAGAAGAUCGACGAUUAUAACACGACUCUCCGAGUUUCGAUUAGCAAAGGCACUUUGUAUGACGGCUUGUCUGAUAUGCUGCAACACCCGAAGGUGAUUCCUUGGAACGUCAAUGCUAACCUGUUGAUGGUAUUUAACACGAACAGAUCCGUCACAAGUUCACAACCACAACAUCUACGAAGUCAACACAAUCGAUAUCCUGGAGGUACGAGGGACGGGGUACAUUUUACAGAAUUUUGGGAACCGAUCAAACCCAUUUCAUAG